UCCAUUUUUUUCUCUCACACUCUUCCUUCCUUCUUUCUUUCUUUGUUAACCCUUUAUGAUUCAUACUCAUCGAGUAUUCACAUCCUGCAUUAUAUUAUAGUAAGAUCAAUGGCUGCUGUUGCUUCACUUUCUUGCUGUGGAGUGAAUCCAUCAUCAUCAUCUUCUGAAACAAAAAUUCGAGCCCAAUCAAUUUCUUGGUCUCGCUCCCUUCUUUCCUUGAAGCUUCUUCCUGCUACUUGUCUGCACCCCAUAAACAUUCACUCCACUUCUCGACUCGUUGUUCAAUGCAUGUCCUCUACUACUACUGGAUCAGUUGCACCACCUGUGUCCGAGACCAAAUUGAAAUUUCUGACUGCUUAUAAACGUCCCAUACCAAGUAUCUACAACUCCGUCCUGCAAGAACUAAUUGUGCAACAACAUCUCAUGAGAUACAAAAAGACUUAUCGUUAUGAUCCCGUAUUUGCUUUGGGUUUUGUUACCGUUUAUGAUCAACUUAUGGAAGGAUACCCAAGUGAUGAGGACAAGGAAGCCAUCUUUCAAGCUUAUGUUAAGGCACUAAAUGAGGACCCACAACAGUACAGGGCUGAUGCAGAAAAAUUGGAAACGUGGGGACGUGCCCAAAACCCGAGUACAUUGGUUGACUUUUCAUCUAAAACAGGGGAAGUUGAGGACGAGUUGAAGGAUAUUGCAGAAAGAGCAGGGGGUAAUGGGAGUUUCAGCUACAGUCGGUUUUUUGCUGUUGGUUUGUUUCGCCUUCUAGAGUUGGCGAAUGCUACAGACCCUACCAUCUUGGAAAAGCUUUGUGCAGCACUCAACAUCAACAAGAAAAGUGUUGAUAGGGACCUCGACGUUUAUCGCAACCUGCUCUCAAAACUUGUUCAAGCAAAAGAACUUCUAAAAGAAUAUGUCGAGAGGGAGAAGAAGAAGCUGGAAGAAAGAAGCAAACCUCAAACAGCUAACGAAGCAGUAAAAAACUGUAUAGCGGAAAACCUAUAUGUCUGAAGAUGGCUUAUACAGGCUAGCUAAUAAAAACUUUUAAAGAUUUGCUUACUGUAAAUUGAGCUAUCAUAUUUCCUUUUGUAUUUAAUACCAUAUUUUUCUUGAUACAGGUAUUGUGAAUUUUUUUUGGUAAGCAAUCAUUAUACAAAUCCUAACAAAUAUGUACUGUGCAUCUUGAUUUGUAUAAAACUAUAUAUUGUGAAUCGGUCUAA